AUGGGUAUCGUUGCUUCCAAGGGGGAUAACAACACUCCAUUGUUGAAUCUGUGUAAAGAGAGGAAAGAAUUGAUCAGAGCAGUGAGAGAUGCUCGUUAUCACUUAUCGAAAUCUCACCUUCUUUAUUUUCGAUCUCUCUCAGAUUUCAGCAACGCUCUUAACCAGUUCGUGCAUAAAGAUCUGGUCGUGAUUCCAUAUUCAUCGGACGACGAUUCGUCUAGCAGUGAGCUGAAGUGUUGUGGAUCAGACUCUGAUUCAGACUCUGAUUCCGAUUGUUUAGUCUGUGAUCGAUCUCAAACUGGUCCGUUGAGCAACAAUGACGAUCAGAAUCAGCCUAAACCGGCGUCUGGAGGUCAAGCUUGCGAGUCAAGCAACAAUGUUCAAGAGGGUAUGGAGAAGCCAAGUGAAGGUUUAGGGUUUGUGGAGAAUGAGUUCUUGAGUGUUCCAGUUGAAGAUUCCAAGAACUGUUCUUCUAUUGGUCAUCAGCAGCAGAACCGUUUCAUGGGUCCGGAUAUAUUCGGUUUGUACGAUUACGGAGAUAACACGCAGAGCUUUUUCAUUGAACCGGAUCAGAGAGAUGAUGAGGAUGAUGAGAGUGAUGCAUGGAGAGAAGUUAGGGAGAGAGAAGGGAUUCCUGAUUUGGAACCUGAUAGUGAUUAUCAUGAUAGUCUUGUUAGGAAGAAUCAAAAGAAGACCAAGAAGAAGAAGAAGAAGUGUGAUGUUAAAGAAAGCUCUUCGAUUGGUAACGUUUCAGGGGAAGUUGAGAGUAAUGUUGAAGCAAACACUUGUAAUGGUCAAGUUUCAGGUGAGGCUAAUGAUUCUAAUGAAGCUUGCGCGCAAGAGACUGAAAAAACUCCAGAGGUUGUUACUGAAGUGACAAGAUCAGAUGAAGAAGUUUGUGAUGAGUCUUCUUCUUCGGAGACAUCAUGUUCGGGCUUGAAUGAUCUAAGGAAUGUAGUAGAAAAGAUCAAUUGUAUAUGCAAGAAAGCUGUGAGUUAUAGUGGAGUCUCUGAGUUGCUUGAAGUGAGUAAAGUUGUUCAUCAUCAACCAUUAGGGUCACAAUUGAAGGGAUUUGCUUCAAGGGUACUUGGUAGUUCCAAGAAUUCGACUCGUGAUUCGCUGUCAAGGCGUGGUUUACGCGAAGAGAAUCUCGCUGUUUCGCUCUCCGUGACAUUAGAGAAGCUUUAUAUGUGGGAAACAAAGCUUUACGCUGAAGUUACAGUCGAAGAAAAGCUUAGGGUUUUGUAUGACAAAGGGUACAAGAUCCUGAAGAGUCUUGAUCAAAACGGAGCAGAAUCGAGAGACAUUUACGAGGCAGAAGCUAUGGUUAAACUCCAUUUAUCAAGGGUUAAUGUUUCGGUUAGAGCGGUUGAAUCGGUUUCCAUGAGAAUUCAUACGAUAAGAGACGAGGAGCUUACUGUUCAGGUGAUUGAGAUGAUCAAUGGAUUCAAAGAAAUGUGGAGAUUCUUGGCGAAGUGUCACCAUAAGCAGUUUCUUGCGAUCUCGAGAAGCAAGUCUUGUGUUCACAUCGUUGAAAAAGGAUCGAGCUCGAGGAAAGCGACGCACAAGGUCGAAGAAAAUAUAAGAAGAUUCAGAGAAUCUUUGAGAGGCUACAUCGAUGCACACAGAGGUUUCGUUAGGCUCUUGAACGAGUGGCUUAACCGAAACAUCAUGGAGGAGGACGACCAAACAGAGAUCGAGGCUCCUAAGAUAUUUAGGGUUUGUAGCGAGUGGUUGAGAGAAAUUGAGAAUGUGGAUGAGACUAAGCUGUUGAGUGUUGUUGAAGAAAUGGAAUCGAGAUUUCGUGGUCUAGGGCUUAAGCAAGUAGAGGAAGAGAAACAAAGGAUGAGAACAGAGAGAUUGUGUAAGGAGUUGGAGAGGCAGACGAAGGAAGCGGAAGAGAUUUUGGGAACGGCGGUGGUUUUUCCGGCAAGUGAUUCUACGCCGACGGAGGAGAUGAUGAUUGGGCCGGAAUUGUUGUCUUUGAGAGAAAGUGUGACGCAAGAAAGGGAAAAGCAUGAGAGAGUGAUGAUGGAGUUAAACGACAACGUAUCGAUGACUUUGCAAGAGCGUCUGGUUCCUGUCUUUGAGGCUUUGGAGGAAUUUUGUUUUAGUAAUUUUAACGCAUAUCAGAACAUUAGAAUCGUUUCGACAGAAGAAACUCUAUUAUUGUGUCAACAAUAG